AUGGGAACCACUUCAGGACCAUCGUUCUUACCCGAGGACGGACUACCGUACGGCAUGCCAAGCGGAGCAAGCCCCGCACUGCACCCUAGCACUCCCUUCGAUAAUCCUCCGGUAAUUCAGACUACGGUGGAAGUAGAGCUCCUGGCUCAAAUGAUUUCCCUUCGGAAAGAAAUGGCCAAGCUCCAAGAACAUAACAACCUCUUCUCGUCCAAAGUAGACGAAACUCAGCGGCUGCUCAAUCAGCAAGAAACGCAGAAUAUUCAAUCUACCGAACCUUCCCAGAGUCUGCAGACCCCCGGUCGGCAGAAGAAAGGGAAGAAUGGGGUAAAGGCGACGCCUGCGCCUUCCAAACAGCUGGUAGUCCUAGCCCCUCGGGACCAACCUCAUGUACCAAAGAAAGUCUAA